AUGAUACUAGAGGAGGAUCCUCAGACGUCCAAGCUGACCAGACUGUUUGUUGUGAAGCUGGAGAGCGUCACAGUGACAAAUGCAUUCUUGCUUUUUGCAGGCAAGGACAUCACGUUUGUGGCUGAAGUGGACUCCUCAAAUUUGACAAAGACGGCAAACAAGAAAUGGCUGAAGGGGAAAUGGCUUGACUUGGGUUGCAAAGCUGGAAAGCACCUGCAGUUUAAAGAGUCCUAUGACAGGAACACCAAGAUGUGCAUGUUCAUACCGUAUAUCUACACUUACAAGAUGAGCAUCAGCAAAGUGGUGGAUGGAGACGCAGGUGGCUGCCGCUGCGGGGUCACCUCCAAAGACGAGUGCGACAGCUGCACAGUCCAAGUGUCUGUGCAGGCCGUACAAGAGGAGCAGCAGGACAACAUCUUGGAGGCAUUUAAGCUAUCUGGAGAUGCAGGUGAGGAUGCCGGUGAUCUCGAUUUCAGUAUGCUGCUGAAGAAAAGGGAGAAGAAACAACAGAAGCCCAAAGAAGAAGUGGAUGCAUGGGAAAUCUUAAGCAGCCCAAACCCUGUGACUAAGAUAGCCUUCCAGUAUGGCAUCACAGACCUGAGGGGCAUGCUGAACAGGCUAAAGAGGAUGAAGGUGGAGCCCAAAAAGAGUGACGCAAUGGUUGAUCUGUACUAACAGGAUACUUUCUUGAGGAAACUGCAUCCUACCUACUCAGUGGACAAGGGCAGAAAGAUUCAGCUCAGUGUAGAAGUGGCCGACUCUGACGCUCCAAUCAAGUGGCUGAAAAGCAGACAGGAAAUCAAACCAUCAGCCCAAUAUGCGUUUGAGAGCGUGGGCAACAAGCGGACAGUCACUAUCAACAAGUGCAACCUGUCGGAUGACGCAGCAUACGAGUGCGUGGUCGGGGAGGAGAAGUGCUUCACGGACGUUUUUGUCAAAGAGCCUCCAGCCACUAUCACUAAGCUGCUGGAUGAUGUCCACACUGUGGUGGGCGAGAAGGUGGAGUUAGAGGUGGAAGUGUUAGAGGAAGGUGUCAACGUCAAAUGGUGAGCUAAUGGAGUUGAGCUGAACAGAGAAACUGCAGGUUCAAAGUACAGGUUUAAAAAGGAUGGGAAGAGGCACAUUUUGAUCAUAAAUGAAGCUACUAAAGAGGAUAAUGGAAUGUACCACAUCUUUACCAAUGGUGGAGCAUCAAAGGCACAACUGGUGGUUGAACUUAACUUCUCCUCUGAGCUGCAGGUUCUGCAGAGCAUGGCUGGCCUGACAGUGAAGGCUGCUGAGCAGGCUAUGUUCAAGUGUGAAGUGUCUGAUGAAAAAAUGACGGGGAAAUGAUUCAAGGAUGGCGUCCAGUCCAGUGAUUGCAUCCAAAUGACGCACAUUGGACGGACCCACAAGCUGACAAUUGAUGACGUGAAGCCUUCAGAUGCUGGACAUUAUACCUUUGUUCCUGAUGGCUAUGCUCUUUCUCAAGAAGCUCAAAUGAUGUUUUUGUUCCCAUCAUUCUUUCUAACGCCCACAAUGAAAGAUCCUCCCAAAACCCACCUGGACACCAGUGGCGACGGCAGCAAGAACACAGUUAUUGUGGUGGUGAGAAACAAACUUCGCCAUGACAUUGAGAUCACAGGCGAGCCGGCCCCCGCCAUGUGCUGGAUGAAAGGAGACAAAGUGGCUGCUGAGGGCGAAGGAUGGGUCCGUGUGGAGUCGAGGAAGACCCUGAGCAGUUUUGUAAUUGAGGGGGUGGAGAAAGAGGAUGAGGGCUGCUACUCUAUCACUGUAACUAACCUUGCUGGAGAGGACCAGGCUGAACUCUUUGUCAGUAUUGUGGAUGUUCCCAACCCUCCGGAGAAUGUCAAAUGCACAUCAGUUGGCAGGGACUCUGCCGCAAUCACAUGUGAUCCUCCUGCAUUUGACGACGGAGUCCCUGUCAAAGGUUUCCUCCAGGUGAUGGAGAGGAAGAAGAUGGGCUCAUCCAGAUGGAUCAAGCCCAACUUUGAUGUUUUGACGCAGCUUAGCCUACCUCCCUUCCCAUUUAUACUGGCCCCCACCAUUGAGCCCAUUCAUCUCAAUGUGGCUGGUGUGACAGACACUACCUGUACACUCAAGUGGCGUCCUUCAAAGAAAAUCAGAGCAGGUGGCAUCAACAGUUACAUCAAUGAGUACCGCAAAGAAGGAAGUACGCAAAAUUGCAUGCUGGAGGACACAGGGGAAUCUGGAAUAGAUCGUCCAAAGGUCCGCCUGCCUCACCAUCUGAGAACCAAACUCAUCAAGGUCGAAGGCGAUAAGGUGAACUUGGUCAUCCCCUUCCAGUCUGAUCUGGUCAUGGGGAACGACUACUCCUUUCGAGUGUUCAGCAAAAACAUCUGUGGGCUCAGUGACGAGCCAGGCAUCAGCAACAACACUGCCAUCAUUACCAAGACAGGGUUGGCAUACAACCCCCCAGCCUUCAAAGAGAGGGACAUGAACUGCUCCCCCAAGUUCACAGUGCCCCUGGUGGACAGAGGUGUAUCUGCAGGCUACACCACCGCUGUUAGCUGUGCCGUGCACACUGUUCCUCAGCCAAAGAUCAUUUAAAUGAAGAACAAUAUGAUCAUUAUUGGAGACCCCAAGUUCCUCAUGCAGAACCACCAGGGUGUGUUGACUCUGAAUAUCCAUAAGGCAAGCCUGUUAAACGGAGGCAGAUACUCCUGCAGGGCCAUCAACAAACUUGGCCAGGACAAGGGAGAGCACAAGCUAGAGGUUAAAAUUGUGCAAGAGAAAGGAGACGAGGCAAGGAAAUGAACGACAGCAUGAAGAUACAGCUGAACAGAAAUAGUAAUGGAUUAUGUAUAGCGGGCUAGUCAUGAAUAAAUAUGAUUAGAAUAGAUCACUGGUGAAGCUUUAAAACCAAUCCCCCUGCCUUCCCUAUACACUGGAAUUUCACCGCUGCUAUGACGAAUGCUACAUGCCAUAAAUUCUUACAGCAAGCUGCCACCUUGUCAUGCCUUGACUGAGGGAUGCCACAGAGUAGUGUAGUGGCACUGCCCCGCUGUGACCACAUGCAGAUGGAUCCUUCUUAUCUGUGAAGUGGACCUGU